UAAACUGUCAUCUCAUCAUCUGUCCCACCUGUUUUCAUUCUGUUCUUGGACCAGUGUGGUUGUUGUUUUAUUCCAGCUGAUCCCUGAUCACUUCCUCACUGCAGACUGAUCAUCUCAUACUGGACACUGCAACAUGGCAGGAAUCGGUGAAAUCGAUGAAGGAUUCUACUCCAGACAGCUGUAUGUUCUGGGUCACGAGGCGAUGCACCGGAUGUCCACAGCCAACGUCCUCAUAGCAGGCAUGCGAGGUCUCGGGGUGGAGAUAGCCAAAAAUGUGAUCCUGUCUGGAGUGAAGUCUGUCACCAUCCAGGAUCAAGGCCCCACUACGUGGACCGACCUGUCCUCCCAGUUUUUCCUGAAGGAGUCCCAUCUUGGUCUGAACCGAGCCACAUGCUCCCUACAGCAGCUGUCUGCCUUAAACCCACAUGUGUGUGUGUCGGCCCACACCGGACCACUGGAUGAAGACCUGCUAUUGCAAUUUCAGGUGGUGGUCCUCACUGACUCCUCUCUGGAUGAUCAGUUGCGUUUUGAUGAGCUCUGCCAUUCACAUGGGAUCAAGUUCAUUGUAGCAGACACCAGAGGACUCUGUGGCCAGUUGUUCUGUGACUUUGGGGAGGAGUUUGAGGUCUUGGACCAGGAUGGAGAGAAGCCGGCAUCAGCGAUGAUACAAAGUGUCUCUAAGGAGAAUCCUGGAGUGGUGUUCUGCACACCUGACCGGCAGCAUGGAUUUUCAGAUGGAUUCAAAGUUUUCUUCUCUGACAUGCAAGGCAUGACGGAGCUCAACAGAGUCGGGCCUGUGGAGAUCAAAGUCAUUGACCAGUACGCCUUCAGCAUUGGUGACACUUCAGCCUUUUCUAUGUAUGAACGGGGUGGAGUAGUGACCGAGGUUAAACAGCCCUGCAUGCUAAAGUUUAAACCACUGAGGGAGGCUCUGUUGGACCAGGAGCUGCUGAAAAUGAAUGAUUAUGGAAAAAUGGAGAAGCACAAGACCCUGCACUUGGCUUUCCAAGCCCUCCAUGGCUUUGUGAAGAAAGAGCAGCGUCUCCCUCGUCCUCGCUCUCAGUCAGAUGCAGAUACCCUGCUUGCCAUGGCGGGGGAGCUGAAUGCAGUCGCACAGCUGGAACACCUGGAUGAAGCUGUUGUGAGAAACCUGUCCUACACAGCCCAGGGCGACUUGGCUCCUAUCAAUGCUUUCAUCGGAGGCGUUGCAGCUCAAGAAGUUAUUAAAGCAUGUAGUGGGAAAUUUACGCCUCUUCAGCAGUGGCUAUAUUUUGAUGCACUGGAGUGCCUCCCUGAAGAGGAGGACCAACUGGCAGAGUGCUCCCUUCCUGCAAAAGGCACAAGGUACGAUGGACAGAUUGCCGUGUUUGGGCCGGCGUUCCAGGAGAAGCUUGAAAGGCAGAAAUAUUUCCUGGUUGGAGCCGGUGCCAUCGGAUGUGAGCUUCUUAAAAACUUUGCCCUAAUUGGGCUCGGAGCCGGAGAAGAAGGGCAGAUCACUGUGACCGACAUGGACUUCAUAGAAAGAUCCAACUUGAACCGGCAGUUCCUGUUCAGGUCUCAGGAUAUUGGGAAACCAAAAUCAGACGUUGCAGCCAAAGCGGUGCGAGAGAUGAACCCACGGAUGAAAAUCACAGCUCACCAGCAUCGUCUGGACCGUGACAGUGAAGGAGUGUAUGACUACAACUUCUUCAUGGGUCUCGAUGGAGUGGCUGCAGCCCUUGAUAAUGUGGAAGCCAGGGUCUAUCUCGAUGAACGCUGCGUUCAACACCAGAAACCACUGCUGGAGGGAGGAACUUUAGGAUGUCAGGGUCAUACUCUGGUGGUGGUGCCGCACCUGACAGAGUCUUAUGGCCCAGGCGGAUCAAGUUCUAAUGAUGCCAUCCCACUGUGCACGAUCAAGAACUUCCCUCACCGCAUUGAGCACACCCUGCAGUGGGCCAGAGACCAGUUUGAAGGACUGUUCAAACAAACACCUGAAAAUGUGAAUCUCUUCCUGGGAGAUGAUGGGUUUGUAAAGCGGACUCUUGGCCUUGGAGAUGCUCAGGCUCUGGAGACUCUUGGGGGUGUGUGGAGCAGCCUGGAGGACAUAAACGCUGGAGGACAACGUCCAACGAGCUGGGAAGACUGUGUGAGAUGGGCACGUUGCAAGUGGGAGACUCUCUAUAACAACGACAUCCACCAGCUUCUGCACUGUUUCCCUGCUGGAGAGAUGACUACUUCUGGUCUGCCCUUCUGGUCUGGAUCCAAGAGAUGCCCUCACCCACUGACCUUUGACCCCAACAAUACUACCCAUAUGGAGUAUGUGGUGGCAGCAGCUAAUCUGUACGGGCAGAUCUACGGGAUCGUCGGGACAAGAGACUGCGCUUCUAUCAAAAACAUCUUACAGCAAGUCAACGUACCACCUUUCACUCCCAAGUCCUCCGUGAAGAUUCAUGUCACUGACGAGGAGAUGGAGACAGAGAGAGAAGGGGACAGUGAUGACGCUGAAAAAGCCCGACUUGAGGAGUUGAAAGGGAAGCUGGCCUCGCCGUCUCUGAAAAGCUCAGCCAUGAUGUACCCCACCGACUUUGAGAAGGAUAACGACAGUAACUUCCACAUUGACUACAUUGUUGCUGCUUCCAACCUGAGGGCGGAGAACUAUGACAUCCCUGCAGCCGAUCGGCUCCAGAGUAAGCGCAUUGCUGGAAGGAUCAUCCCAGCCAUAGCUACCACCACCGCCGCAGUGGCAGGCCUGAUGUGCCUGGAGCUGUAUAAACUGGUGCAAGGUCACCAGAAGAUCAGCUCUUACCGCACCGGUUAUAUGUACCUGGCUGCCCCGCACAUUGUGUUGUCCCAGCCGAACCGGGCCCGGCACUUUGAGGUCGCAGGAAAGAAAUACACCCUGUGGGAUGACUUCCUUGUUGAGGGCAGACGCUGCGGUCAGCCGGAAAUGACCUUGGGAGAUCUGUUCCAGUAUAUCAAGGAUAAAUACAGCUUGACUAUCUGCGCUCUCUUCUAUGGAUCAGCUAUCUUAUACGUGGGGCAAGAAGAGAGGCUCCAGCUGAGUGUUUCUGACUUGGUGGGGAAGGUCACCAGGAAGGAUAUCCCUCCACACAAGAAGAUGCUGGAGUUGAUCCCCUCAUUUACUGAAGAUGAGGACUGUGAGACAGUCCCACCUAUCAGAUACCUGCUCAAGGGAUGCCACCAAAAAUAAGUUUCCACAAAGUGUCCGGUGAAAAGGUGUCACAUGGAACCGCUUCAAUAUGACGAAGCAAUUUAAGCACUGUGACAUCAUAUCAGCUAAAAACAUCCUCAUGUUGUUGCUUUAGCUGUUGUUUACAAAUAUUAAUAUCUGAGUGGUUUUUUUUUCAGCAUCUAUCUAUCUAUUCUUUUCAUGUCAUCAUUUUACUGACAUACUGUGAUCAUUCCUUUGGUCAUGUAAGGUGGAAGAUGACAGUGUUCAAUCUAUUGUCCUGUCACGUAGCCUUGUCCCCAAAAAAUACCACAAAAUGCACAAAUAUUGAUAUUCAUUUCCUCUUUUUUUAUUAUUUUACUGCAAAAGCGGAAACUUGGCAAACUUUAAUUUCCUUACUAUUAGUACCAGAAAUGUUACUGGGAAGUUCUGCUUGCUAACUUUUGGUUUUAAUUUACAUGUAAAAUGUGUCUUUUGAGAGGUCAGGCUAAGAGGUUGUGAAGAUGCUUGCCAAGGCAUAUGGAUUAGAUGAUCAGGGGCUGCUGGGGCAGUACUGGCCUGCUUUCAAGGUUUAAUUCAGGUCAGACUGAGCACGAUGCUGAAGGGGUGCAGUCAGUUGGCACAGUAAGUACGGUGCUGUGACGAUUCGGGGUGCUCUUGCCAUCUGAGCGCAGCUGACUUGCUUAAAUCCUGCUCCGAGCACACAAGAACCCCCCUCUCCUCCAAUAAGAAUCCCAGAUCUGGUCAAAGUGGAGAAGUUGGACUCAUCUGCAGAGUCUUCGUCUGUCCUCAGAUGGCUUAAGUGCACGUCCCGCACUUAACCACAACCUCACGAUGUGUUUCACUCCACACCCUCAUGUUAACAUUUACAAUGCUCUCUUCCAGUUGGCUUUAUUUAACUCUGAAAUGAUCAAGGCAACUACUCAUAGGGGGUUAUUUAUUCACUGUGUAAUUGGGCCUGUGAUUGAAGGAUGCUGUUUGUGAUUGAAAUACUUAUUCAUUAAAUAUGUCUUUGAGGAACCACGUUA